AUGGCGACAUCUCAAACCACUCAGAACAGAGACGACAUCCUCCAACUCCCAACCCACCUCCGCCUCCUCUCCCUCAACUGCUGGGGCCUCAAAUUCCUCUCCACCCACCGCCACGCGCGGCUCAAAGAAAUCGCCCACCAAAUCGCCUCGCAGUCCCCACCGCCCGAAAUCGUCGGCCUGCAGGAAUGCUGGACCCAGGAAGACUACCUCACCAUUCGAGACAUCACCCGCGAGAUUCUACCGCACGGAAAGUUCUACUGGAGCGGGGUGUUCGGUGGCGGACUGGUGAUUCUGUCGAAAUGGCCCAUCGAGGAGAGCAGUAUGGUGCGGUAUCCGCUGAAUGGACGGCCGGCGGCGUUUUUUCGCGGGGAUUGGUUCGUUGGGAAGGGGGUUGCUUGUGCUCGAAUCAGAAUCGGCGGUAAGGGAAAGGGAAGGGGAGGUGUCGUGGAGGUUUUCAACACGCAUCUGCACGCGCCUUAUAACGAAGGUGCCGGGAAGGAGGAUAGCUAUGCGUGUCAUCGGACGGCUCAGGCGUGGGAGAUUGCCAAGUUGAUGAGGGCCGCGAGGGAGAGGGGGAGUUUGGUGGUGGGGACGGGGGAUUUCAAUAUGGUGCCGGGGAGUCUUGCGUAUGGGGUUGUGGCGGGGAGAGGGGGUGGGGUGCGGGAUGUUUGGAGGGUGGUGUGGCCGGAGAGUGCGAGGGGAAGUGCGGAGAAGGGCGGGUUGGAGGGGAAGGUGGCGAGUUCGAGGGAGUGUCUUGAUGUCCAUGGCACGACGUGCGAUUCGAGACUGAAUACGUGGCGGUGGAGUAAGGCUCUGCAGAAGGAUUUGGACCGGGGGAGGGAGGAGCAUGUUGAUCCCGAGGGCGAGGAUUGGAAGGCGAAACGCCUCGAUUAUAUCUUCUUCGGCGACAACGCCGCCGAGGCCACGGGGUUUUCGUGGCAGGUGGAGGAGGUCAAGGUUGGCAUGACGAUGCGCCAUCCGGAAUUGAAGUGUUCCCUGAGCGACCACUUCUCCGUCGAGACGACACUUGUACGCGAACAGCCGGAUCAACCAUCCACGGACAACCCACGCUCACAACAACCCACCCUCCCAGCAUCCACCUACGACCAAAUCCUCUCCCUCAUAACCACCUACAUCGCCCGCGAACGCCGCCAACGGAAACAACAACUCACCCUCUUCUGGUCCUCCGCCGUCCUCACCAUAGCCUGCCACAUCGCUAUCUGGUGGUCUCCGCGGAACUACGUCUCUUUCAUCCUCAUGUUUCUGAGCACGUUUGGCCUGGGCUGGGGCGUGUUGAUGGGGUUGAUGGGGUUUUUGUUCGUGAAGACGGAGUUGAGGGCGCUGAAGGAGUUUCGGUGGGAGGUGGAGAGGGCGAGGGAGGCGGAUGGUUUGAUCGGUGGCGUGGGGGAGGGGGAUGGGGUAGUGGUGGAUGGAGAUGGGAAGAGGAGUGCUAACUCUUGA